AUGAGUGUACAUGGGCUCGAACUAAACAACAACCAGUUCAUCUCUGCACAAAUUUGGAUACAAAAUGGUCCAGAUGAAGAAAUGAAUAUCAUUGAGUUUGGUUGGAUGGUAUAUCCUGCACUCUUUGGUGAUAGCCGCAACCUAAUAUUUGGUUAUUGGACGGCUUACUGUCACAAACAAACAGGUUUCUUUAAUGUGCUUUGUUCUGGGUUUGUUCAAAUUCACAGUGACGCCUCUCUUAGUGCAGCUUUAGAACCAGUAUCAGUUUAUGGAAAAGAUACAUGGUAUACACCUUUCAAGGUAUACCAGGUAUACCAGGUAACCUUUCAAGGUAUACCAGGUAAGUGUAAAACACCUUUCAAGGUAUACCAGGAAAUCUUUACACAUUUAGCAAACAAUGCCUCAAUGGUACGAUUUGGGGGUAUAGCAGGGGUAAAACCCCAAAUGCCAGCUCCACCUAUGGGAAAUGGAUAUUUACCUCAAUUUCAGGAUUAUUUGAAAACAGCGCAUAUAACAAAAAUGAAAUAUGUCAAUGAAGAAGGACAAGAUGUUAAACUCAUAUGGAGUACAAAUGAAGCAGGAUGCAGUAGUAGAUUGCUACAAGAUUUUGUUCGCUGGUAA